CGGAAGGGAUGGCAGCAAGAAGAACCAGAGAGGUCCUAGAGAGUCGGCAGCAGAGGCAGCGGCGGCGGUGGAGAAUCGCCGGCGGCAGUGGUGGAUAAUCGCCGGUGGUGGUAGUGGAGAAUCACCGGAGGUGGUGUUGGCAGUCAGGGAUUGGAUACCUGUGGGUUGAAAGAUGAAAAGUUGCAGGGGUAGAAUAAGAAAGUCAAAGCAAAUUUUAUCACACAUUAAUAUGCGUGCACGGUCAAACCGGGAAGUUCUUUUAUGUACGGAGGGAGUAUAUGUUUUGUGUAUUGUAACAAAACUACGUAGCCAUGCAGGAGGCAGUUUGUGAAGAAGGCUUAAAUGUGAGACUUGACGAGAUUUUUCUCUCUACAGUCAGAGGACAUGAUACCAAGAAUCGUGUUCAUGGUGUUGGAGAUCUCGCACGGAGCCUACCACAAAUGCAUGCAAGUGAGGCAAGACGUGCUAGCACCAACUCUAUGUGGGACCCUCGAGAUGAUGAGAUCAGGAGGUUGAGAGAAGAGCUAGAUAGAAUUAGAGCUUCCCAAGUGGGUGAACUAUUGUCGAUUAGACAAGAGAUGACCCGACUCUAUGGAGGAGUUUUCCCACGUGGAAUUGGAGAUGGCAGUGGAGAUGGAGGAGGGUCGGGGUUUGCAGGGGCUUUUGAGUAUUUUAUUAGAAUUGAAGAAAAUUAUAUUAAACUUAAGCUUUAUGGCUAUAGCGGGUUGAUGUUGUUGUGUGAAAUUGAAAAAAAUAAAGGUUUCUGUGCAGUUGCUGUCAAAUUGGCAAUGGAAUUGGCGAUAGAUUACCAUUUCCGUCGCUAUAUGAAACCUUGUGCAGAGAUCGGCUAUAGGGAUUGGAUUGAAGUCUAUCUAAAUUUCUCAUGGUGCAAGAAUAAAGAGGACUACCUAUAUGAGCAUGACGUUUAGCCGCUUCAAGAAGUAGAGACUUCGCUUCGAUAUGCUUAUGAAGGAUUAGGACAAAAGGCUACUAAUAACAGUGUCAACUUAGAACAUCAAAGUAUGUAAGCUUUUGUGUAUAUUAUCUUCAAGUAUUCAAAAUGAAUAGCAAGGGUUCAA